UUCUUCAACCUCGCUCUUCUUCUCUCUCCUCAUCCUCCUCUCUCUCCUCCCCCCUUCCUCCGCCCAAACCCUAACCAAAGCCGCCGCAAUCCUCUCCCAUUCCGGCUACAAAUUCAUGUCCGCCGCCCUCAAAUUCACCUCCAAGCACUCCCUCAUCUCCCCGCCACCGCCGCCGCCGAUCACCGUCUUCGCCCCCUCCGACGAAGCCUUCAUCUUCUCCGGCGUACCCAAUCCGAGCCUCCUCCGUUACCACCUCCUCCCCGUCGCUUUCCAUCUCCGCUCACUCAAAUCCCUCCCUUUCGGCACCAAGGUCUCGACUCUCCUCGCCGGCCACUCUCUCACCGUCACCACUCUCCCCGGCGACCGCCUCGUCUCCCUCAACAACGUCACCGCGUCCCCAAUUUUCGACGACGGGUCGUUAGUCAUCUUCGGAAUCCCCACCCACUUCAACCCCUAUUUCCAACUCUCGCCUCCGAUUCAAAACCCUAACGCGGCCGCGGCGGAGACGGCGGCGCACUACAUCGCUGAAGCAAGCACGGCGCUGAAAUCGAAAGCCUCCUCUACUAUGGCGACAUUUGUUGAAAUCCAAUUCGUUGAGUUUCUCGUGUACCACGCCAGUUUGACCUUCUCCCGUCACGUUGGCUUUGUCACCGUCAACCGAAUCGGCGGCCUGAGCCGGUACUCCUCCUUCUUAAACCGCCACGUGGCUCCCUGCAACGAUUUGGCUAAACUGGAGAUGAACAUGAGUCGUUACGGCGGCGAUUUAGUCCUGAAUGGUGUCACUGUGAUCAUGCCGGAGAUCAACAUUAGUCGAUACGGCAGCGUUUUGGUCCUCCAUGGGGUCACUGUGACUAUGCCGGAGAUGUGUCGCAAUGACUGGCUAAUGGUUCCGGGAGUCAGUGAAGUUCUUCUUCAACUUCCGGGGAGCCCAACUCCAAUGCCAGUUCAGAGUGCAAUUCAGUGGCUUUUCCGACUUGUGAUCUGGUUGUGGGACGCAUUGCUGGACACAGCUCCGGGGAGGUUGUUACUUGAACGUCUUCAUCAUAUGCAAAACAUGUCCUUUUUGGAAUGGAUGGCUGUGUUUUGCCUUUUGUUGUGUUUCAGGGCCUUGGAAUCGUGGUGGAAUGCGCAUUGAAGUUUACAGGUAUAUCAUUGCGGAGUGGAUUUAGGCUUGGUAUAGAAAUGUGGUGCAUUUGAGUGCACAUGUGUGCUUGAUUCCAUGAGAGUUUUGUAAAGUCUGUUGGUAGAGAAAAGUCGUUCUGUAGUUUCAUAUUCACAGUGGUUAUGCGCACACUUUGAUGGCUCUCUGAGAUAGACUAAUGGGUAAUGUUCAUGAUUCUUCAU